CCCACGUGCCACUCUACCAGCAACGUCCACGUCAGCUGCUAUAAGAUGAAGCCCGUCUGUUUCCGUCGUAGAAUUCAGCUGCAGAUAAGCCUCCUCUCUCUGUCUCUCUCCAAUAAAUUCAGCUACAAAAUCCCUCUUUUUCACUAUCGAAGGCAUUGAGGGAAUAGUUUAUAGGAUUUCAAAGUCAUGGCUUCCAUGAUUUCAAUCGGUCCAAGCAAUGUUAUAUCAAUUAGAAGGUUACAUGGUCAAAGCUAUGUUGGAUUGAAACCAGUGACACAUCAGAGAUUUGUUAAUGUUGGGCACUCGGUUAAGCUACCACGGACUGUCACGGUGAUACGAGCCAGUGAUGAACGUGAGACAUCGUUGAAAAGCUCAGGGAUGAGUAUUGAGGAAUGUGAAGCGGCUGUUGUAGCUGGGAAUGCUCCUGAAGCGCCCCCUGCUCCUCCUAAACCAGCAUCGCCAGCUGGAACUCCCGUGGUCCCUUUACUCCCACUUGCUAGGCGACCUCGUCGCAACCGGAAGUCUCCUGCAAUGAGAGCUUCCUUUCAGGAAACAUCUUUGUCUCCUGCAAAUUUCGUUCUUCCUCUCUUUAUUCACGAAGGUGAAGAAGACACUCCCAUUGGAGCCAUGCCUGGAUGCUAUAGGCUGGGAUGGAGACAUGGUCUUGUUGAAGAGGUUUACAAGGCACGGGACGUUGGCAUCAACAGUGUUGUGCUCUUCCCAAAAAUUCCCGAUGCUCUAAAGUCGCCUACAGGAGAUGAAGCAUAUAAUGAGAAUGGUCUAGUGCCUCGGGCAAUUCGAUUGCUUAAAGACAAAUACCCUGAUAUUAUUAUCUACACUGAUGUUGCUUUGGAUCCUUAUUCCUCUGAUGGUCAUGAUGGUAUCGUCAGGGAUGAUGGAGUAAUAAUGAAUGACGAAACAGUUCACCAGUUGUGUAAACAGGCUGUUGCACAGGCUCGAGCAGGUGCGGAUAUUGUCAGUCCCAGUGACAUGAUGGAUGGCCGUGUUGCAGCAAUUCGAGCAGCUUUGGAUGCAGCAGGUUUCCCUGAUGUGUCUAUCAUGUCGUAUACUGCAAAGUAUGCUAGUUCAUUUUAUGGUCCAUUCAGAGAAGCGCUUGAUUCAAAUCCGCGAUUUGGAGACAAGAAAACUUAUCAGAUGAACCCAGCGAAUUACAGGGAAGCUCUAGUUGAGUCCCACGAAGAUCAAGCUGAGGGAGCUGAUAUCCUCCUUGUGAAACCAGCCAUGCCAUAUUUGGAUAUCAUACGACUUCUGCGAGAAAACUCUGCUUUACCGAUUGCAGCAUAUCAGGUUUCUGGUGAGUACUCCAUGAUCAAGGCCGGUGGGGUGCUCAAAAUGAUCGAUGAGGAGAAGGUGAUGAUGGAGUCUCUCAUGUGCAUCAAACGGGCAGGUGCCAAUGUCAUCCUCACCUAUUUUGCUCUACAAGCUGCAAGAAGUUUGUGUGGAGAGAAGAGGUGAACAUGUAAAAGAGAUUGCCUUUCUAUUAUAUGUAGAACUUCAGACACGCCUGAAACCUUGUAUUUAUUUCCAAUAUCAAAUAGGAUGCAUGUCCACUACAAAUGGAAUUCCAUAA